GUUCUUGUAGGAGAAAAAUGAAAACUGGGGUGAAAAAAAAACGAUUAUGGGUUUGGCGGAAUUUGUGAUAACUAGUUUGUGUUUAAAUGCUACAUGCAAUUUAGAAGAUUUUAGUACUGGCACCAGCACCUACAAUCAUAACCGUAUUGCUAAGUUAGAAGAAGACCUUGCAAAAGAAACACUAAUAAUUACUACAUUAGAAAACGGAGAAUUGAGCGGGUACGAAAAUAAAAAUGGUUCGGUUAUUGGAACCGGCAUAGCUUUCGACAUAAUGAAUAUUAUCAAACAAAAAUAUAAGUUCAAUUACACUAUUAUAUUACCGCAGGAGAAUGUAUUUUUGGGGGACAGCAGCAAGACGACUAUCAAGGAUAUGUUGGAGAAUAAGGAAGUGGAUAUAGCAGUGGCCUUUUUACCAAUACUCAACAGUUUAAGAAGCUCCAUAACUUUCUCGACGAGUUUCGAUUUAGCCCAAUGGUCGGUAUUGAUGAAUCGACCUCAAGAUUCUGCUGCCGGAUCUGGAUUGCUAGCACCUUUCACCACCGAAGUUUGGAUCCUAAUCAUUUUUUCUAUAUUGAUAGUUGGUCCGAUCAUUUAUUUGAUAGUGCUGAUACAGAGUCGUCUAUACAAAGAAGAUGAAAGAGAAAGUUAUUCUCUUUCUACUUGUUUGUGGUUUGUGUAUGGGGCUUUACUGAAACAAGGCUCCACUGUUAACCCUAAAAGGGAUUCGUCUCGUCUUCUUUUUUCGACUUGGUGGCUUUUCAUCUUGAUUCUUACAGCUUUUUAUACAGCAAAUUUAACGGCUUUUCUUACAUUAUCUAAGUUCACGUUACCAAUAAAAUCAGCGAAAGAUAUUGGACGUAAUCAUCACCAAUGGGUUACCAACAAAGCUAACGCAAUUAGAGAUCAAAUAAUAGCUGAAAGAAAUGAUAAAACCAUCUAUAGAGAAACAUUGAUGGAUGUAAUUGGUACACAAAGAGUAUUUGCGACAGAAAGAGACCGCGAGAUUUUGAAUACGUUCGUCAGAAAGAGGAAGAUGAUGUUUAUAAGAGAAACGACUGUAUUGAAGCACGUUUUAUAUAAUGAUUAUAAAGAAAAAGCUAGUAGAGGUGUUGAUGAGAACGAAAGAUGUACUUAUGUUGUUGCCAAAUUCCCAAUUAUCAAUUUUUCAACGGCUUUCGCUUAUUCGAGGGAAUUUAAGUAUCAAGAAUUGUUCGAUUUGUCUAUACAAAGACUUAUAGAAGGUGGAAUCAUCGAGUUCAAAUUCAAAGAAAAUCUACCCGAUGCUGAAAUAUGUCCUCUCGAUUUGGGUAGCAAAGAACGAAAAUUGAGGAACGCGGAUCUUUUAUUAACGUACAUUAUAGUAGGUGGAGGUUUGGCGGUGGCUGGUUGUGUUUUUUUAAUGGAAAUUCUCUGGCGGCAAUGGGAAACUAAAUGUUCGAAAAAAAGGCAUAAACCACGUCGGAAUUGGCAUAAUAAUAAUAAUAACAAAACAUUCAACGACGUAUCUAAAUCACGAAUUACUCCGCCGCCAUCAUAUCAAACGUUAUUCAAGCCUCCCUUUUCGUAUAUAGGAGAAGGUGGUUACAAAAAACAGAUCAACGGACGAGAUUAUUGGAUAGUUAAUACCAAAGAUGGUUUAACGCAAAUGAUACCACAGCGCACGCCUUCUGCUUUGUUGUUUCAAUUUUCUAACUAAAGCACAUUAUGUUAACUUUUUAUUAUUAUAUUUUCGUCUAAA